UUAGUCCCAAGAAGGAGGAAGCAGCUGGCUCCAGGAAAUAUACUGAGACCACACAGAGCUUCCCCCAAGUCUUCAUUGUUGCAGCUUGAUGCUCAGGAGCCUUCAGCAGUUUCCCAUUCCACAAUGGCCACUACCAAUAGCAGUGCGGGCAUCCGCUGGUCCAGACAGGAGACACGUACUCUUCUGGCCAUACUGGGUGAGGCAGAGUAUAUUCAGCGCCUCCAGACUGUCCACCAUAAUGCAGAUGUCUAUCAGGCUGUGUCAAAACGAAUGCAUCAGGAAGGUUUCCGCCGCACAGAACGUCAGUGCCGCUCCAAGUUUAAAGUUUUGAAGGCUUUAUAUUUAAAGGCUUAUGUUGCCCAUGCCACCAGUAUGGGCGACCCUCCACACUGCCCAUUUUAUGAUACACUGGAUCAGCUUCUCCGAAAUCAGGUAGUGACUGACCCAGAUAAUUUAAUGGAGGAUGCUGUCUGGACCAAGCAAUGUGAUCAGAACUUAGUAGCCUCUGACCUCCCAGGGGAAGAGGGAAACAGCAACUUGAAGGCAAAGAGGAAUCAGGCAGCAGAUCAUCAGACUAUCUUGAGAGCAGCUAAGGAAUCAGAUGAGAAUUGUCACCUAAGUGUGGGAAUCGGUAACCAGCUGCCUGAAACCGGUGACCUUGAGGAUUCCUGGGAUGAAGCCUCAGGUGCAGGCUGCUCUCAAGCGAUCCCCAGCUACAGCAGCUCCCACAGCCUUUACAGAGGUGCAGUUGCUCCCUGUCAUAGCAGCACUGUGACCAGAGUGGGUGUGUCUGUGAGCCGGGUCCCUGCGCCAGCACCAGCCGCAACACCCUUGGUAUAGCCUCCACCCAACAGCCCCAAGCCUCUUCCUCUAGAAUCCAUCUUGUUUCUGGUGGGGAUGGGACUUUCACCAACCAACCACCUCCAAGGUGGGCACGGCGUAGAAGGCGUUCAGUGGCCAGGACCAUUGCUGCUGAGUUGGCAGAAAACAGGAGACUGGCACGAGAACUUUCCAAGCGUGAGGAAGAAAAACUGGACAGGCUGAUUGCUAUUGGUGAGGAGGCCAGUGCCCAGCAAGACACUGCCAAUGAGCUCCGCAGGGAUGCUGUAAUUGCAGUCAGACGUUUGGCUACAGCAGUAGAAGAAGCAACUGGUGCUUUUCAGCUAGGACUGGAAAAAUUGCUUCAGAAGUUAAUUUCCAGCACCAAAAGUUAGGGGCCUGUUGUAAGAAAGUUAUUCCCUAAACUAGUAGUAACAUCUGCUUUCUAAUGGCCACCCUCAGUGUUCCCUGACAUCUUUUCUUGUGCAGCUGGCCCUCAGAAAGAGGGAAGAUGAACCAUAUAUUUGUGGAGCAACAGGAAUACAUACACAGGCCAGUUCCUUUCCUGGAAGCUCAUUACUGGUUAAUGGAGGACUCUCCAGAAAUAUGUGGGCCAGCAUGGUAUUUAGAAAAGGUCUGGGGCUGGAAGUCAGGAAGUCUCUAGUCCUGCUUCUACCCCUGACUUCCUGUGUGUCCCCAAGUUCUUAAGCAAUUUAGAUCAUAUCUCUGUGCAUCAAUAUCCUGCUAUGUACAAAGGGGAAUAAUAAUACCUGUCAUACCUACCUCACAGGGUUGUUGUGAGGCUCGAAUGGAUAGUAGAUGUGAAAGCAUUUAGAAAAGUAUACUGUGUAAAUGUAAGGUAUUAUUCAUAAAUGUGACCUUGGCUGAGGCAAGCCUGGGAUGAGGCACAUUAGAUUGCCAGGUAUAAAAAUGUGGUUAUUAGCAGUAACCUCAUUCUUUGAGCCCUGCACCCACUACUUGUUUGUUAUUUUGUUUUUUUAAUUCUACUUGACUGCUAUAUAGAGUGAUUCCUUGUUUUAUUUUUUGUUUGUUUUUUGGAAAUCCCUUUACAAUCAUACAACUAAUGUGGUUGCAAAUAAUAUGUACCCUUUUGAAUACAUUUUUCACUGCUAUAACUCUAUCACAUCUUGAAAUGUAAUGCAAACUAUAGCAACCAGAUUAGCUCCUUCCCCAUCCCCCCCUUUUUUUUAAUUCAGCUAGUUCCUAUUGCACCACUGAGGGGGGUAAAAUUAAUGACUGACAGGGAACUGCAAUAGUUGUGAUGUCAUGUUUCCAUAUUAAUGAAUGAUCUGUGGUGAAAUGAAAUAUUGAAUGUUAUGUAAAGUUUUAAAUGUAAGUAAAUACUUUGCAUUUCA